CUCCAUUUCCCUAGCGGCUAGUGCUUCGUUAUCUCCCCGCCCCUUUCUUCAUUUCUUACCAUUUUCUCAACUCAACCCCACCAAGCUAGCUACCCUCUACUGCUCCCCACUCUCCACAAUCCAUCCCUCCCAUUCUUCUUUUCCCCAAAUUCGGGUUCUUUUCAGAAUUCUAGUGGCUGGUAUAUCAUGACAACGUUGUUUCCUUGAUCAACUUUCAAAUUUGCUCCCACAGCAGAGAGCCGUACAAAUACGAUCGGGCAAACGGAGAGAAGAACAAAAACAUUAAAAAAAUGCUAACAUGCAUAGCACGUUCCAAGCAACCCACGGAUGAUUCCGUUGAUCAUGACCCCAAUGGCAAUCCCACUAGUAAACAAGCCAUCAGAAAUCUCACUUCUCAGAUCAAGGAUAUGGCAUUGAAGGCUUCAGGGGCGUAUCGUCACUGCAACCCGUGCACGACUCAGCCGGUGCAGCAGCAGCAGCAGCAGCAGCAGCAGCGGAAGAAUGGGAGCAGCAGCGGCGGCGAGUCGGACUCGGUGUUGUCCGCCUCGUCCGAGAGGUUCCGGUGGUCCUACAGGCGGACGGGGAGCUCCAACUCCAGCUCCACUGCGGGGAGGAAGGAGCUGGAGGCUAGGUUGAAAGGAAUUUCCAGCGGCGAAGGAACGCCGGUAUCAGCGAGUGGUCGGCGAGUCGACCCGGUGGUGUUCGUGGAAGAGAACGAGCCUAAAGAAUGGGUGGCUCAGGUGGAACCCGGUGUUUUAAUUACCUUUGUCUCUUUGCCACGCGGCGGCAAUGAUCUUAAGCGAAUUCGGUUUAGUCGAGAAACGUUCAACAAAUGGCAAGCACAAAGAUGGUGGGCAGAGAACUAUGAAAAGGUUAUGGAGCUUUACAAUGUCCAGAGGUUGAAUCGCCAAGCUUUUCCUCUUCCAACACCUCCGAGAUCUGAAGAUGAGAGUUCAAAAAUUGAGUCCGUUGAAGACAGCCCCGUAACUCCACCAUUGAGUAGAGAACCGCUUCCUCGUACCCUCUAUCGCCCAACAGGAAUGGGAUACUCUUCCUCUGAUUCCCUUGAACAACAUUCGGCAAUAUCUCGUCAUAAUUACGACUCUUGUGGUGUUGCAUCUACUCCAAAACUCUCAAGUAUAAGUGGUAUUAAGACAGAAACAUCAUCAGUUGAUGCCUCGAUGAGGACCAGCUCAUCAAGAGAUGCAGAUCGCUCUGGAGACAUAUCAAUCAGCAAUGUCAGUGAUCUAGAAACUGAGUGGGUUGAACAGGAUGAGCCAGGAGUUUACAUCACUAUCAGAGCACUAGCAGAUGGAAGAAGAGAACUCAGACGUGUCAGAUUCAGUCGUGAAAAAUUUGGGGAGAUGCAUGCUAGACUAUGGUGGGAAGAGAACAGAGCCAGGAUACAUAAACAAUACUUGUAAGUUGGACGGGUUUCUACAUAUACCGCUGCUUGUUGCUGUUUGAGGAAUGAAGAGGAGAGCUUCUGCCUGCUAGAAGGCAGCAGUAUUCAUUCCAAAAAAACCAGAGUCCCUCUCUGAGAAAAUGGACCAAAUUUCACACAUGAAAGUGAUGCAUCAUGUUAGAAGAGUUCAAGCCUUUCGACUGCAAUUAUAUAUACGCAACCUUCUGGUUGCGAGUCAUUAUAAUCUUUUUGCUUUUCAUGGUUAUAUUGUCUAAACUAUGAUGGGUGGGGAGCAUCCAUACCAUUUCCAUUUGUGGGGUCUAAUUGGUAUACAAUUUGAGAGUCAGGAAUAUUGAAGGUGCACAUCAAAAAAGAUGUUUAUGUGGGCAAAAUUUUCCAUAUUAUCCACCCAUUAAUAUAUUUCAUGUUAUGAAUGAAUCACCCUUUAUGGUCUGUAAAUGUUUCAUGUUAUGCUUUGGGAGAAUGAA